AUGAGCUCUUCAACCGGCACCAACAGAGCUCUCUGGCUCGCAUCUUACUCCGAGCCUGCUGAAGUCAUCGACCUCCCUAUUCCAGAGGCCCCUACGGGCACGGUUGUCGUAAAGAUCCUGGCGGCACCCAUUGUCCCUUAUACCCAUCUCGUUCACUCUGGAAAGCUUGAGGCAAUCAACCUGCCGCCUCCUUAUGUCCCUAAUCCCAAUGCCGUCGGCCGUGUUCAUGCAGUGGGCCCCGACGCUGUCAAGCUCAAAGAGGGCGACCUCGUUUACGUGGAUGCUACCACUCGCGGUCGCGAUGAUCCGGGCAAGAUGAUCAUGAUCGGUCAUAUUGGUGGCCAUGGUAACGAGGGAAAAAAGCUCACCCAGGAAUGGCGUGACGGUUCGCUGCAGCAGUACCAGAAAGUGCCGCUCGAAAACGUCUACCUUUUGGAUGAGAAGCGCCUUUUUGGCGACCUGGGCUAUGAUCCUGCCGUCCUGCAGUCUAUUGCACACUACUCGGUCGCUGCGGGUGCGCUUCUUGAGGCGGCUGACGUGAAGGUCGCCGAAACAGUCGUCAUCGGCCCCUCAGGUGGCUCCUUUGGUGGUCUGGCUGUUGAAAUCGCUCUCACUGCUGGUGCCAACGUCAUUGCUCUUGGAAGAAGUGAGAAUAAGCUCGCGGCUAUGCGCAAGAAGCUUAAUGAUCACCCCCGCCUCAAGACGGUUGUUAUGACUGGUGAUGACGAGGUCGAUGCCGCCGCCAUCUUUCAAGCGACCCCCAACGGCGCCGGAGCCGAAGUAUACAACGACUGGACCCCCGGCGAGCUCAAGAACCCGCCUUACCUUGGUGCUGCCCUGCGUGUGCUGAAGCGUGAGGGAAGAAUAGUUCUAAGUGGCGGUGCUAGCGAAACCCUGACGAUCCCUUACGCGCCCUUUUCCAUCAGGAACCUGAAGUUGGUAGGCAAGUGGAUGUGCGAGCGCCGGACACUGGAACAGUUGAUUAGAAUGAUUGAGGGUGGCCAAUUGCGCAUCGGAAAGGAGAGUGGCAGCGAGCUAGCGGUAUUCUCUUUGGACCAGCACCACGAAGCUAUCGAGCAUGCAAGAGUCAAUGGUGGUUGGAGGAACUACACCGUCAUCGCGCCCAACUCUUGGUAA